UCACUGUUGUGUCACAAAGUAAUCAGAGCCGUCCACACGAUCAAAAACCCUAAAUCCCUCUCUCAUAUAUUAUUUCCCACUCUCUCUCUCGCGCCUCUUCGAGCUCACAAUCACUUGCACACACAGAGCCACCAAAAGCCCUAAAGAAGGAGACCCAAAACCCAGAGCAGCAACCAUGGCGACCCCAGCUAUAGAGUCCGUUCAGUGCUUUGGCCGAAAGAAGACUGCGGUGGCAGUGACCUACUGCAAGAGGGGGCGCGGCCUGAUCAAGAUCAACGGCUGUCCGAUCGAGCUGGUGGAGCCGGAGAUCCUCCGGUUCAAGGCCUACGAGCCGAUCCUUCUGCUCGGACGACACCGUUUCGCCGGCGUCGACAUGAGGAUCCGCGUCAAAGGUGGAGGCCACACGUCUCAGAUCUACGCAAUCCGCCAGAGCAUCGCCAAGGCCCUUGUGGCGUUUUACCAGAAGUAUGUGGACGAGCAGAGCAAGAAGGAGAUCAAGGACAUCUUGGUCAGGUACGACAGAACUCUCCUCGUCGCUGAUCCCAGGCGCUGCGAGCCCAAGAAGUUCGGUGGUCGCGGUGCCAGAGCUAGGUUCCAGAAGUCUUACCGUUGAGAGAUACUCAUCUCACCUUUUUUCCAUUUAUUUUAUUUACUGUCAUUUCCAAUGAUCUUAUCAUUGUUUUGGCUUAAUUUCUAGUUUUGAGUUUUGUUAUGGAUUUUUGAAGUGUUUGGUAAAACCUUGGUUUGGAUAUUUAUGCUUAGUUAUAUUUUCAAGCUAUUUUCAGGAAUGA